UAGUUCCUUUUCCAUAAGUUACAUGUCUACUGUCUACUAUAUAUACGCGCAUCGCAGAUCAAAAGAUCGGGGCAUUUAACUUUAUCUCGAAUAAACAGCCGUGUGAAAAGCAUUAGAAAAAUGAGAAAGGUGAAAUAGAGAGGUGCGAUUUCUGUAACAGUGUAUAACAUCCGGUGAUUUUAUCCCGGCGAUUCCAAUCGGACCCAAUACGCAAUCGACAUGAACUCGCUGCUUGAAACAAUUCAGCUCGUAUCUUGCUGCUUGAUAUAAGUUUUCUUUACGACGCGAUGAUUAUUACUGCAACGGCGAUGAUUUCCGUCGAUCGUUCGGAGUACAGGUUCACAUAAGUUUUAUCGGGAAUUGACUGUGACGAACUUGCACGAAGGAUCACAAGGGAUGCGUUUAGCAUGCAACAUGCUCUAAACGCUCUGAAAUAAUUGGAACGAAUAAUUGGAAUUCCACGUUUGCCAAUGUUUCUAUACCCGUCGUACGUUGUCCCAGAAUGGUGUUGAGUCGUAACGAUAAGAGAAAGAGGAAGGAAGGAGAUUUGGUAGAUCUCAUGGAGCCACUUGCAGAAUCUCCGAAAAGGACCAAAGUUCAUGCACAAAGGAAAUUUGCGCAGGGUGCGACCACAGUGUUCAAUACAUCGCCUACGCCUGUCAAGGAUAAGGAAAAAGCUAAACCUGCCACGAUUACAGAAUUGAUAACGCACAAACGUCCAAAUACUGAAGACUUUUUAACAUUUUUGUGCUUCAGAGGAACAUCUAUUUUACCACCUAGUUUAAAUUUCUUCAAUAUUGGCAAUAAAAAGGAAAAAGAGAGUCCUCGGAAGCCAGCUCGAAUUUCUACAGAAAAAACGUCGUCUACUAAUACAGUCCCAGUGAUUCAGAAGCAAGAAAAUACAUGCCAAAAAAAUGUGACUAAAGUAAAACCUAUUGUUUCGAAUAAGAAAAAGGUGGUUAGUACAUUACACAAAAACAUUACCAAGCUUAAAACGACUACAUCCACGGUUCAAGCACUUAAAAAGAAGUACCAGGAACAACGCCUCGCUAAGCAAAGAAUCAAAAAUAAGUUUAAAACCACUUGUGUUAUGAGGACAAGGUCAUGUACAGAAAGAUCUAUGUUAAAGAUUGGUCUUCAACUAGCGCCGCGAAAAUUUUUACCUAGAAUCAAGACGAAAAGACAUGGCCUGAGAAGCGGUGUACUGCCAGAUAAAACUAACAAACCUUUAUCUAAAACAAAAGUCAUGUUACCUAAACCAAAAAAGAAAGUUAGUCAAAAGCCGAAAAAUAGCGAUAUAUCGAAUACAGAUGCAUCAUUCGAAGAAGAUAAUGAUAUCGAAGAUGAUGAAGAGUCACAUGUGGAGAAAUCAACAUCACAGAUAAAGCGCAACAUACAAAGAGGCAUUCAAAAAAAGAUUUGUACCAGAAGUAAGUCAGAAAUGAGGAGAGUUACAAGAUCAUCUAGCAGCACAGUCUCCUCACAAAAUCUUUCUAGAAGGCCAACCAGAAAAACAAAAGAAGCAGCUGCUGUAUAUAUGGAAAUUCUUGGAAGAAAAUUAGUGAGCCCGGAUUUAGAAAAUGACGAUAACGUUUCGGUUGAAAGCUUUCCUGAACUACCAAACGCUCGCAGAAUAGCGCAAACGGAGAACGAGCUGAAAGCUAAAGUGAAACAGAAUACUAGUAAAACUGUCCCGAAAAUUAAGGAUUGUAAAGUUAGCUCUUUCAAUAAUAAUAAUAAUAAGCGAUUAGAUAAAAGCAAAAACAAUAAGCUAAUUUUGAAGAGUAAACGUUUGAUGAGGUUGCAGAAAUAUUGUGAAGAAGAGAGCAAUGAAGAAUCCGAGAAUUCAGAAGAAACGAACAAUACAAGACCCAUUACUAGACAGAGUCGUGGAAAGAUUGAUAAACCAAUUAGUAGGAGCCUUAGAUCAUCCUCUAAAAAUACAACUAUACAAGCAGAAGUACAAACUAAUGUAAAUAGCAAACCGAAGGGUCAAAUUCAAACUUAUGUGAAAUCAGCUAGGGAAAAAUUCGUAAUAAAACGUAAACGUCAGCAAAAUAUAUCUAAAACUUUGUCAGAUAAAACUAAGCAAAAGAGUCUUCGAAGUAAUCAAAAUGAGAAAACAGAAUCCGAAGAGGAAACAUUGGGAAUGUUACUUAGUAAAAUAAAGAGAAAAAAAGAAAAUGUUGAGAAAGAAGAGCAUGUUCCUGACAAUACGAAAAACGUAAAAAUAGCUCGCGGGAACUCGCAAAAUGUAAAAACAGAUUUGUCGAAGGUAUCGGAUGACGAGGAAUCUUUUCGUGGAUUUACUAAAAAGGCGAUAUCAAAAGUUUUGAAUUCGUGUCAGACACACGCCAAUGUUAAUCUGCUAGUCACAGAGUCUAAUGAAAAGUUGAAUUUGCCUAAAGCAUUGGACGUAUCACAAACAAUAGAUCAAAACGUCACUUCACAGGAAUGUAAAAUAGAAACAUCACCGAUGAUAGCUGAUUCCUUUGCAAAUUCAUUAAAUAGUGAGCGCAGCGUAUCUAUGCAAGAUAAAAAAUCGAUAUUAGAUUUGUCUAUUAAGACACAAAGUUCGUUACCACCUGUGGAACAAACAAGCAAAAAAUGUAAUCAUGAAAAUGAGGUUUCUUCCAAUCUUAUGCCAUUAUCUACUUUGCAUACGAGAAAAGAACGAGUGAAUAUGUCGACUGAACAGAUAGAAAAGUGGUUGAACGAAAGCUCACUUGCUAAGGAAGAGAGCAAGCUAGAAAUGGAAAACGUUUCUAGCUUUAGGUAUGAUUCGGCAGAAAAGUUGAAGACAGACAUCUCGCAUCUUUCUAUUUCGACAAAAAUUCAGCAUUUAGUACGUCCAGUCAACGUCACACUUUCGAAAUUAUCGGAUAAGAUGAAUUUAAAAGAUCGUGUGGGGAUGCACAACAGAAAUGCGAUAUCAUCUGAUGUGCACAAUACCGCAGUGAAACAACAGAAUGCAAUUAUCGACAAAUAUAAAAGCACUGCCGAGGCAGAAAUUGUUAAAAAUAAAACUGAGAAGACGAACAAAGAUACUUGUUUAGCUGAAGAUACUAGCGAUACUGUAUCUAAAUCGGAUCAGAACUCUAUAGAUGGUUCUAUAGAGAAGAAAUCACCGACCGAGAAGAAAAUAUUUCAACCGCGGAAACCCUUUUUACCUAAAGUUAAAGAACGUAAAAUUGUAACACCAAAUGCGAACGCAUUUUCGCCGGAAAACGAAAGCAGCGUUUACGCAUUUGAAAGUGAUACCGAGGUUCCCGUUAGCACACCCUUCCGGAGAAAGAUUAGAGACAAUGCGAAUCGCUCGACCGCAAUAACGCCAACAGCGACUGUGGUAUCCGAGACCAAAGUUAAUAGCAAAGCGGCUGAAACUAACAAUUCAAGUUUGCAAGAUGAUUCUGAAUCAUUGAAUAGCAAGGAAAAACCGUUGCAUGAUCUUGCGACACCUGUAAAGAAGGAACAAGAGACGCAAGGACCAAUGAAUGUAGCAAAUACAGCAAGCGUGAAUAAGUUUGAGUUACCCAAAAAUUUUGCGAGUUUAACCAGUGUCCAGGUGUUACCACUCGACAAGCUCACGACAAGUUGGAGUAACGUAAAUUACAGCGCUUCUAUAGCGGUACAAGUGAAUCUUGACGAGACUACACAAGAACAAGAGAGCGAUGCGAGUCAACAGAAGAGCACCGAGAUAUCUACUCAGACCGAAACAAGUAAUGAUAACGACGAUGACAACGACGGACAGCUAUUUUACAUUCCAUUGCAGGCUGUUACGAGAAGCGGUCCGAAUCUGGUGCAAGGUCAACAGUUAAUACAAGGCGUGGCUGUAAAACUUGGCACAGAAGGGCCAACUGGUCCUAAUCAAAGGGUGCUUCUUCGAGCUAAGUUGGUGACUAAGCCACCGCUAUCUGUAGCACGUUGUCCACCGAUAGGAACGGUACAACCGACUACGCGUAUCCCGCCUUCCAAUCCUACAAUUACGGUGGAGCAACAAGUACCGUCGACGUCAACAACCGCAACUGUAUCGACAAGUAUAGCAAGUAUGCCGAGUGUGGAAAUGCAAUCGACAUCACUACGAACGACUACGAAAAAUGAAGUCUCGGUGUCAAGUCCGAAUCGUCAGAAUGUUAAUACAAGCGCGAAUAACAAUUUAGAGAAGCUCACAAAAUCACCCAAGUCAUCUAGAGAGAGAAAAACUUCUAUAGACUCGGCAAAAAGCGGAAAGAGGACACAAAUGAAAUACAAACAAAAAGGAUCAGAGCUAAGCUCUUUAAGCAAUAGUACAAUUCUUCUAAGCACAAAAACAAUGAAUAAUGAAACUCGCGUGGUCGAGGCGCCAACGUUUCAUCCGUCGGAGAAAGAUUUUCAAGAUCCAUUGGAGUAUAUAGAUAAGAUAAGACCGAUCGCUGAAAAAUUUGGAAUAUGUAGAGUAGUGCCCCCGCCAAAUUUUAAGCCAGAAUGCAAGGUGUCUGAUGAUAUGAGAUUUACCGCUUAUAAUCAAUAUGUACAUCGCAUGCUCCAUAGAUGGGGUCCUAACGUAAAAGAAAUGAUGGCUAUCAAGAAAUAUUUAGCUACUCAGAGUAUUACUUUGACUCAGCCUCCAUGGAUUGGUGGAAUGGAAGUAGAUUUACCUCACUUAUAUCAAACAGUUCAAAGCUUAGGUGGAUUGAAAGAAGUUAUAGAGAAGAAGAAAUGGCAGAAAGUCGCGGAUGGUAUGAAGAUACCAAAAUCGGCACAAGAUCGUGUUACUAAACUAGAUGAUAUUUAUUGUAAAUAUUUACUGCCAUAUGACACAUUAUCCCCAGAGGAACGUGGAAAAUUAUUUGAUCAGGUGGAAACUGAAUGGAUGAAAAAAGAAAGCAAAGCCUUACAAAGGCAAGAGGGGUUAUCUAAUGAUAACGAUGAAGAAGAGGAUGAGGACAGUUCUGAUGAAAUUGAAGAAUGCAUUGUAAAAGGAAGAAACAUGCCGUUGAACGCUUUUUACCGAAUUGCCCGCAAUACGCAACGUAUGUGGUUUGGCGAAAAUCAAGGAGGAAAUGAAGCAGAAGGUGCUUCCGCCGAUGAGGUGGAGAAUGCAUUUUGGAAACACGUAGCUGAGAGAAAACGUCACGUCUGCGUACAUGCAGCAAGUAUCGAUUCGAGUGGUCGUGGAUUUGGAUUUUCUGUAGCGAAGAAUAGCCCAUUUGCUAGACAUCCUUGGAAUCUUAAAGUUCUCACUAACAAUGCUGGAUCUGUAUUGAGAGCUUUAGGGCCACUAAUGGGAGUGACCGUGCCAACAUUACACGUGGGUAUGCUAUUCAGCGCUUGUUGCUGGUAUCGCGAUCCGCAUGGUCUACCCUGGAUAGAAUAUCUGCAUACAGGAGCCAAAAAGAUUUGGUAUGGGAUACCCGACGAGUAUAAUAACAAUUUCCGAGAAGCGCUUUUGAAAAUGGUACCACGAUAUUGCAAAAAUAAGAUUAUAUGGUUACCCUCUGAUACUGCUAUGAUCCCGCCGGAAUUAUUAGUAAGCAACGGCGUGCCAUUAUGUCAGAUCGUGCAAGAACCAGGACAAUUUAUAAUAGUAUUUCCAAAAGCGUUCACGUCAAGCAUAUGUACCGGCUACGUAGUAUCAGAAAGUGUUUAUUUCGCACAAUCAUCCUGGUUAGAAACUGCGGAACAAGUAUUUAAGGACAUACAAGACAGCUGUGAACCUUCCAUCUUUUCAUUCGAGAGAUUGUUGUUUAAUAUUAUUAAUGACACAAGAUCUCACGUAGAUAUAUUGAAACAGAUAUUGCCGAGCGUGAUAAAGAUUCGUGAAAAGGAAUUGGAUUAUCGUAAACAACUGAAAGAUGUCGGUCUUGCUAAUAGAGAAAGAUUGCCUUUGCCAGAUAAUGGAAAAGGGAAGAAAGGGAAAAAAGUAAAGGAAGAUGAUGGCGACUUUGAAUGUGAGACAUGUAGAGCCAAUUUGUUUGUCUCUUUGGUAAACAACUCACAAGAUGAUAGCGUUUAUUGCUUACCGCAUGCAUUACAUUUAAUCAGCUGUAAGAAGCAAGUUCUACGACAUUGUACUCUGAUGUACACGUACGACGAAGACGAACUGGAUGAAUUGAUUCACAAGCUGAAAAAUAGAAUUGAAGCCAAAUCUAAAAAAAUUAAUCAAAUAAAACAAAAUAAGCAAGAAAGAUAAGUCUGUUAUUUUAUUUAUAAAAGAUAAAAAUAAUCGCUAUUUAUUAAUCAAUAUUAGAAUAAACGUUACAAAACUAGCAAAUCUGAUCGUACUGUGUCUUGCUUAUUAUAAUAGAAACUGAUUUAAAAAGUUUUUCGGUUUAUUUUGUACGUAAUAGGAAAAUAAACAUAAAAAUAAAAGAACAUGUAAGAAGCAGGAAUUUCAUAUAACACAAUUUGAUCCAACUUUUUGGAGACGGUUGUGAUGUAUAAAAUAUGUGAAAUUGUGAUUUUGUGAUACUCGUCUUUAAAGAGUAAAACGAUAAUAUUCAUAUUGUUGGUGGAAAUAUAUAUCUAAUACAUUUGUUGUAACUUACCUUUAAGAAAUAUAUUGGCACAAGGAGGAUAUUAUGAAAUAUUUGAGCAAAUUUCCAAAGAAACAAGGAAUCAUUGUAUCUGUUAUAGCUUAAUUCUCCAAAUGUAUUAUGAUGUGAUCUUA